AUGAAGAAAACCACCCCCCACGUCACGGCGCUGAUCACAGGCACGUCGGGCAACCUGGGCCUCAACAUCGCCAAGCGGCUCAUCGCAGAGGUCCCGCAGGAGACCCGUCUUACCAUCAUCGUCACCUCGAGAACACUCGCCAACGCCAAUCACACCAUCGCUCUGCUCAGCGACUACAACGCAACGGAUGUCCGCAGACCAGCCGUCCUUGACUUCGACUACUCCCUCGUCGACUUCACAGACAUGGUCUCCAUCCUCGCUGCUGCGUAUGAGCUCCACAACACCCACCGCUGCAUCGACUACGUCUACCUCAACGCCGCUCAAGGCGUCUACGCAGGCAUCGACUGGUGGGGCGCCACCGUGGAGUGCUGCACAAACCCCAUCAAGGGCGUCACCUACCCGACGUACAAGAUCCAGAGAGUAGGCGUCAAGUCCGCAGACAGCCUCGGACUCGUCUUCCAGGCAAACGUCUUCGGACCUUACUACUUCAUCCACAAGCUCCUCGACUACAACCUCUUCGAGCUGUCUGCAGACCCCCGCAUUGUUUGGAUCAGCAGUGUCAUGUCUAAACCGUCCUACCUCUCGAUGGACGACCUACAACUGCUCAAGUCCCACGAGAGCUACGAAGGCUCAAAGAGGCUCCUUGACCUUCUCCAUUUAGCAACGUACAAGUCUCUCUACCAGAGAUAUAGAGUCAAACAGUAUCUCACCCACCCGGGAAUACUCACCUCUUUCUCCUUCUUCCAGUUCCUCAACCCAGUCACCUACUACGGCAUGCUCCUUCUCUUUUACUUAGCGCGGUUGCUGGGGUCACCUUGGCACAACAUCCACGGCUGGAUUGCAGCCAACGCUCCCGUCUUUGUCUCCCUCUACGCAGACCAGCGAGAUGACCCUCAAGACUUGAAGUAUGGCAGUGCUAGCCGCUGGAAUGGAAAAGAGUACAUGAAAACAGAAGAGGUCGACCCAACGGGAAUGGACGACGUCUUGUCAUACUUCGAGAAGUUGACGCUGGAAUGGGACGAUAAACUCAAAAACCAAAUUGUAAAUACCAGAACAAGAUAA